AUGGCUACGGUGGAGGGGCGGCCGGCGCAAUAUGGCGUCACCCUUCGGCAGCUGCGCGAGCUGAUGGAGACUCGCGGGGCCGAGGGGAUAGCCAAGAUCAACGCGCUCGGCGGACCUCAGGACUUGUGCAAGAAGCUGUACACAUCGCCCACAGAUGGUCUUAGCGGUUCGAAAGCGGACAUGCAGCACAGGCGCGAGGUGUUCGGAUCGAACUUGAUACCGCCGAAACCUCCCAAGACUUUCCUAACUUUGGUAUGGGAGGCGUUGCAGGACGUAACACUAAUUAUAUUGGAAGUAGCUGCCGUGGUGUCGCUGGGAUUGAGUUUUUACAAACCGACCGAAGACGCAUCCGAUAUUGCGCACUUGGACGAAGAAGAAGGUCACUACCAAUGGAUCGAGGGUCUGGCUAUCUUAAUAUCUGUCAUAGUUGUCGUCAUAGUCACAGCGUUCAAUGAUUACACGAAAGAGAGGCAAUUCAGGGGGCUCCAAUCACGGAUAGAAGGUGAACACAAGUUCGCGGUGAUACGAAGCGGCGAAGUGAAACAGAUACCGAUAAGCGAUUUAGUUGUAGGCGACAUCUGCCAGAUCAAGUAUGGCGACCUGCUACCAGCUGAUGGUGUACUGCUGCAGAGUAACGACCUUAAGAUUGACGAGUCGUCGCUGACGGGUGAAUCGGACCAUGUUAAGAAGGGAGAAUCUUUUGAUCCCAUGGUGCUAUCCGGUACUCACGUUAUGGAGGGAUCCGGUAAAAUGCUCGUGACCGCUGUCGGUGUUAACUCGCAAGCCGGUAUCAUCUUCACCCUAUUAGGCGCCGCAGUAGAUAAACAAGAGAAAGAGAUCAAGCAGAUAAAAAAAGAAGCUAAAAAGCAGCGGAAGGAACAGCGCAAGAGUCUAACGGGUGAUGACGAACCAGCAUCCGGCAACAGUAACCAUGCGCGAGUGGACGACAACCAUGUGCCGGCGCCCUCUGAAAAACCGCCGCCCGAAACUAGCCACAAGAAAGAGAAAUCAGUGUUGCAGGCCAAACUCACGAAACUGGCUAUACAAAUCGGUUACGCGGGCUCGACAAUUGCGGUGCUAACAGUGAUCAUAUUAGUUAUCCAGUUCUGCGUGCAUACAUUUGUGAUAGAAGGCAAAGUUUGGAAGGCUACGUACAUCAACAACUUAGUGAAGCAUCUCAUCAUCGGUGUCACUGUGCUGGUGGUGGCCGUGCCCGAGGGUCUGCCUUUGGCUGUGACGUUAUCUUUGGCUUAUUCUGUUAAGAAAAUGAUGAAAGACAACAAUCUGGUGCGACAUCUCGACGCGUGUGAAACAAUGGGCAACGCGACGGCCAUUUGCUCAGAUAAGACGGGAACAUUAACAACGAACCGCAUGACAGUCGUCCAAUCUUAUAUAUGCGAGAAGCUCUGUAAAGUCACACCUAACUACAGGGAUAUACCGCAAGAGGUCGCUGAGAUCAUGGUUGAAGGGAUAGCGGUUAAUAGUGCGUUUACUUCCAGGAUUAUGCCAAACCAAGACCCAACGGGACCUCCAAUGCAAGUCGGCAACAAAACUGAAUGUGCUCUAUUAGGUUUCGUAGUAAACUUAGGUCAAAGUUACGAAGGAGUUAGAGAGCGACAUCCAGAAGAGUCCUUCACGAGGGUAUACACCUUUAAUUCCGUGAGAAAGAGCAUGUCUACUGUGAUACCGUACAAGGGUGGCUACCGCUUAUACACUAAGGGAGCUUCCGAAAUUGUUUUAAAGAAAUGCGCAUUCAUCUACGGGCACGAGGGGCGGCUGGAGAAGUUCACGCGGGACAUGCAGGAGCGGCUCGUGCGGCAGGUCAUAGAGCCCAUGGCGUGCGACGGCCUGCGCACCAUCUCCGUGGCCUACCGCGACUUCGUGCCCGGCAAGGCUGACAUCAACCAGGUACACAUAGACCAAGAGCCGCACUGGGACGACGAAGACAACAUCGUAAACAACUUGACUUGCUUGUGCGUUGUGGGUAUCGAAGAUCCUGUAAGACCCGAGGUACCAGAAGCGAUCAGAAAGUGUCAGAAGGCCGGUAUAACAGUGCGCAUGGUGACGGGCGACAACGUGAACACGGCGCGCUCCAUUGCCGUGAAGUGCGGCAUUCUCAAGCCCACCGACGACUUCCUCAUACUGGAGGGCAAGGAGUUCAAUACACGUAUACGUGAUGCUAAUGGCGAGGUCCAACAGCACUUAGUGGACAAGGUGUGGCCCAAGCUGCGAGUGCUGGCGCGCUCGUCGCCCACGGACAAGUACACGCUGGUGAAGGGCAUGAUAGAGUCGAAGGCGUUCGAUACACGCGAGGUAGUCGCCGUCACCGGGGACGGCACCAACGACGGGCCCGCGUUAAAGAAGGCUGAUGUUGGAUUUGCUAUGGGCAUAGCUGGUACUGACGUGGCAAAAGAAGCAUCGGACAUCAUCCUAACAGACGACAACUUCUCGUCCAUAGUGAAGGCGGUGAUGUGGGGACGCAAUGUGUACGACUCUAUUGCCAAGUUCCUCCAGUUCCAGCUCACCGUCAAUAUAGUGGCUGUGAUUGUUGCUUUCAUCGGUGCUUGCGCUAUACAGGACAGUCCUCUUAAGGCCGUACAAAUGUUAUGGGUGAAUUUGAUAAUGGACACGCUGGCGUCCCUGGCGCUGGCCACGGAGCUGCCCACGCCAGACCUGCUGCAGCGCAAGCCCUACGGCCGCACCAAGCCCCUCAUCAGCCGCACCAUGAUGAAGAACAUCCUCGGCCAGGCGGUGUACCAGUUGUUCAUCAUAUUCACGCUCUUGUUUGUCGGUGAUAAAUUGUUAAACAUCCCAUCGGGACGAGGGCAGCAGCUCGGCGCAGAACCCACCCAACAUUUCACAAUCAUCUUCAAUACCUUCGUAAUGAUGACACUCUUCAAUGAAAUAAACGCGAGAAAAAUCCACGGUCAAAGAAAUGUUUUCCAGGGACUCUUCACUAAUCCUAUUUUCUAUUCUAUUUGGAUCGGAACUGCCCUAUCUCAAGUGGUAAUCAUCCAGUUCGGCGGCAUGGCGUUCAGUACUGCGGGCCUGUCGAUAGACCAGUGGCUGUGGUGCCUGUUCUUCGGCGCUGGCACCCUGGUCUGGGGACAGCUCGUCACCACCUUACCCACUAGGAAGAUACCCAAGAAGCUUUCAUGGGGCCGCGGACAACCCGACCCAGAGACCCUCCAACCGGGACCUGACUACGACGCGGACCUGGACAAGAAGCCCCGGGCGGGACAGAUCCUAUGGAUACGCGGUCUCACGCGCCUCCAGACGCAGGUAUGUGCCCGGGGAGGUGCGGGUGCGGGGAGGGUUGGGUGGGGUGCGGGUAGGGUGGGCUGGUUUUGUCGCCCCAUAUCUGGGCGAGCGGUUGUAAAGCUAGGGCUGCGUGGCAUAGGACGGUGUCGAAUGGGGCGAGCCGCGCGUCGUAGAGAGAUGUUGUUGGCAGCCCCGACCGGUGUUGGAGACGGAGGUGUAGUGGCGGGCGCGGCGGCUGGCGGCGCGCUACGUGCGACGGACGCUCACGGUACACCACCCCUAGCCCUAGCCCUAGCC